UGGCCUGGAGACGGCCGGGGCGGCGGCGAAACGCCGGAGGGGAAGCGGCGGGGCCGCACGUGGGUUUUUCGUGCAUCUCUGUAAUGCCCGAACCUAGUCCCAGGCGCAUGGAGCCCACGCGAGACUAUCCGCUGUUUGGGGGGGCCUUCUCCGCCACUCUCCCCCCCGGGGCCAUCGACGUGAGCGAUCUCCGGCCGGUCCCGAAUAAUCAGGAAGUCUUCUGCCACCGCGUGACGGACCAGAGCCUGAUCGUGGAACUUCUGGAGCAGCAGGCCCACGUGCAGGGAGAGGAGGCUGCUCGAUACCACUUUGAGGACGUUUGCGGGGCGCAGGAGGCUAGGGCUGUGCAAGUGGAAACUGUGCAGCCCCUCUUUUUGGAGAACCUGGCCCUGAGGGGCUGCUGUCAAGAAGCCUGGGUCCUCUCUGGCAAGCAGCAGGUGGCUAAGGAAAACCAGCAGGUAGCAAAGGACGUGACGGUGCACCAGGCCUUGCUGCGGCUGCCCCAGUACCAGACUGAUGUCCUGCUCACCUUCAGUCAGCCCCCCCCUGACAACAGGUCAUUUCUUAGCCCUGAAAAUCUGUCACUUCUGCCCUGGAGCCUGGGUGACUUUGAACAGCUGGUGACCAGUCUGACCCUUCGCGAUCCCGGCAUCUUUGGUCCCCAGUAAAGAUCCUGAAGUACCGCGUGACGCUGCUGAAGCACAUGGGGGCCCCGUUCUGCAAGGGGAGCGAGGGUUUGGAGAUAUUCCCCUAAUUCCUUCCCUGUGCAUAAACAUAAGACACCUCCUGUCUGCAGAAAUAAACUUGCUUUAUAC